UCCCACAGCCGCUGCUGCUGCUGCUGCCACCGCCACUCCGCCUGGUCCAACCUCCAGGCCCAGUGCUCUGACUUUGCCGAACCGGGGCGCUCUGCAGAGACAUCUUCACUUCUUCCUGGGGGUCCGGGACACCUAGGCCGGCGUUGGGGGGAACCUCCGCUUGCGGGUGACAGGGAGGGAGGAGCCUGGAGCCCGAGCCCGCGGCACCCGUCUCCCGGAUCAACAGGACAGGACAGGUUGAGGGGCGUCGGGGAAAGGAAGGGGUGCUAUAGCAAUCCCCAGGGAGGACGUGGAAACCCUGUCGCAGGAAGCUCUGAUGUGCUAUGGCUUAUUAAGGCCUGUUUACGUUUGAGGAGUGGUGGCAACGUGGGUACACUCCUCUCUUGGGGGCCUUGUUAGAUUGGAGAGUGUGGUAUCUAAGCAGUGCCAGUUGUUCCUCGGGAAAUUGAAAGGGGCCACCAGAAAACAAAAAAGCGACUGAUGCCCCUUGUUUCGGGGUGACAGAGGGCCCUCCAGACAACCACCUGGUGUAUGCACUAGGAAGGGCUGGUUUGGAGGUGACUUCAAAAGGAGUGGAAGGUGACAACGUGAGGAGGAAAUGGUCUCAGCAGCUGGAACCCCAGGUCGUGGAACCCCGUGAAGAAAAGCAUUAUUCAGCCAGAGGAUCUGGGAACCCCUUCUCACUGAACCGAGACAGCUUGGAUAUUGAGACAUAUUUGGGGGGAUGUUUGAAGAAAGUGAGAGAGACACUCCAUUUAGAGUAUAGCAAAGGAAAAAACAUCAGGGCUGGGUUCCUCUCUGACAUUGACAGCAGCCCAGGAUGAGCUAAUGUCCCCAAAGCUAAAGACCCACACCCUUCAGGUUACAAGAGUAGGUUGGGCAGGAGCGACCCCAAAAUAGGGUGGAAAGAACUCUGAGGAUAUUGAGAACACAUCGUAGAAAUUUAGGAGGGUCUUGACUUUGGGAUAGAGGAAGUGGGACAGAAGCCAGAGAGGAGGGAAGGGGAGAGCUUUCGUUAGGGGACAUAAUUCAUGGGUGAGGUCAGCUGAGGAGUGCAUAGGCUAUUGGAGCCGCUGGAGCUAGUGCAGGGCCCAAGGGUGAGAGCUGGUGGUUUUUAGGGGGAGUUUAGGGGGUCUGGCUUAUCCUUAGGUCCUGUGGGUGGGGCUGUGGGUUGGGUCCAGAGCAUGCCCUGGUGAGAGGGCUCCUCUAGGGGAGCCCAGGGUGCUCCGGGAGCCUGCUGGUUUGGGGGUGUCUCCUCCCGGGGCGCUAUGGCGGCGUUGGCCAGUAGCCUGAUCCGACAGAAGCGGGAGGUCCGCGAGCCCGGGAGCAGCCGGCCGGUGUCGGCGCAGCGGCGCGUGUGUCCCCGCGGCACCAAGUCUCUUUGUCAGAAGCAGCUCCUCAUCCUGCUGUCCAAGGUGCGACUGUGCGGGGGGCGGCCCACGCGACAGGACCGCGGCCCAGCUACCUCGUCAGCCAGCCCCCUCCGUACGCCCUCCUUCUGUGACCUGCGCUUCGAGAAGGGUGUUGAGCACCCCCUCCCAUUACUCCCGGGCGACUCGGAAACCCGAUCCUACAAGCUCCGGGGACCCUCUGCUAAGCCUCAGCUCAAAGGCAUCGUCACCAAACUGUUCUGCCGCCAGGGUUUCUACCUCCAGGCGAAUCCCGAUGGGAGCAUCCAGGGCACCCCAGAGGACACCAGCUCCUUCACCCACUUCAAUUUGAUUCCCGUGGGGCUCCGUGUGGUCACCAUCCAGAGUGCCAAGCUGGGCCACUACAUGGCCAUGAAUGCCGAGGGGCUAUUGUACAGCUCGCCACAUUUCACAGCAGAGUGUCGCUUUAAGGAGUGCGUCUUUGAGAAUUACUAUGUCCUGUAUGCUUCUGCUCUGUACCGCCAGCGUCGAUCUGGCCGGGCCUGGUACCUAGGCCUGGACAAGGAGGGCCGGGUCAUGAAGGGAAACCGAGUCAAGAAGACCAAGGCAGCUGCCCACUUUGUGCCCAAGCUCCUGGAGGGUGGGUAUGGGCUCAAGAAAAGUGGCCAUGUACCGGGAGCCUUCUCUCCACAGUGUCCCUGAGACCUCCCCUUCCAGUCCCCCUGCCCCUUGAGCUGUAGUUCCUGGACUGGAGGCUCCCUGCACUCCUGGUGAGCCAGCCACCACCACAGCCUGCCUCCUAGCCCUGCUCCAGGCCUUGCUCGCACCCUGCUGCCACACACAUGCCCUAAGCAGCCAGAUCUCACCAGGUGCUGUACCCUGAGGACCUUAGAGGCUGGCUGGAACUCCUGGAGUUGCUGAGCUCUUAGAUCCUGGGGCCUAGGAGAGCUUCUGAGAUGGGAGUGCCUGAAAUCAUCUUGGCUGAUCCACCUACUUCUUUCCACACUAGCUUCUCCCCCUCCAAAGAACCCCAAUUUUUCCUGAGAUGGCGCUGGGGCUUCCAGAACUGACAGAGCAAGGGAAUUAUCACUCCUCACCCUAGCUGAGCCAGUUUCUGUAGCCACACACUCCUUUACAUUGUUGCCAAGCCAUAGCUUUCUAGGUCGGCCACUGGCACUCAGAACUAGUUUCCUUCUCUCUCUGCUCUACCUUCUGCCUUGGUCUGGACAGGUUCUGACCCAGCUGAACACCCAGCCAGGGCCAUUCUGUGUUCCGUACUGGAACCCGGGCAUGGAUCCUUUAAACUUCUAUUCUUGACCUAGAUGGAAUCCCCUGGUUUAAAAAAAAAAAGAGAGAGAGAGAGAGAGGCUAAAUUUGAGCCUCCUAAUGUGGCCAUUGGCCUUGGUCUGAGUUGGAACCAGCCUCCGGCCACACCAUAUGUGAAACCUUCUUAUCCCAGAGACGCCCAGUUCUAGAGCACGUGUUCUAGGCCUUUGCGGAGCCAUACUUCCUCCCGACUCUCAGCUCUAGCACAUAGACCAUGACUCUUUCCAGGAUGGAACCUGGGCCUGUAUAGCCAUAUUAUUGUACUAGAGUAAGUUCUAAACCCACCUUUCUAUUUUCUGUAAUGAUUAUUUAAGAAUGAGCUAUGGAUAGAACUGAGCAAUGAUUCAUUAAGGACUAAUUGGUUCUGAGCUGUGCUUAGUGGCACAAGCCUAUAUAAUUCAGCCUGGGGACUGAGUCAGAAGGAUUUCGAGUUGGAGGACAUCCUGAGCUAUAAUAGCAAAACCCUGUCUGAAAAGCCACGCAUGUGCGUGUAAACACACACACACACACGGGGGGGGGGACAGGGAGAAAGAGAGAGAGAACACAACACUUACUAAUCAGUACUGAAUGGAUCAAGGACCACUGCUUAUUUUUCCUAGAUAAUUUUCUUUUUUUUUUGUUUUUUUGUUUUUUUAUUUUUCGAGACAGGGUUUCUC